GCCGGAAGCGGAAGAGGCGAGCCAAGGAGGCCGCGCGUGAGGAGAGUGAGUGCGGCUGAGAGACACGAUGGCGGCCCGCGGUCCCUCAGCCAAGCGCGGUGGCUCCGCCGGCGGGUCCGGGGGCUCCCGGGGGUCCGAGCCUCAGGGGGAGCCGCCGCCUCCGCUCCAGGCCGUGCUGGUCGCCGACAGCUUCAACCGCCGCUUCUUCCCCGUCUCCAAGGACCGGCCCCGGGCUCUGAUUCCUCUAGCAAACGUGGCCAUGAUCGACUAUACCCUGGAAUUCCUCACCGCAACGGGAGUGGAGGAAACAUUCGUCUUUUGCUGCUGGAAGUCGGCGGAGAUCAAGGAGCACUUACAGAAAUCCAAGUGGUGCCGUCCGACUUCUCCAAACACAGUACGGUUCGUGACCUCGGACCUCUACCGCUCCCUUGGAGACGUACUGAGGGACGUGGAUGCCAAGUCUCUCGUCCGUUCUGACUUCGUCCUUGUCUCCGGAGACGUGGUGUCCAAUAUUAACAUUUCCAAAGCUUUGCAGGAGCACAGGGCACGGCGUAAAGCGGAGAAGAAUGUGUCCGUGAUGACGAUGGUUUUCAAAGAGUCCUCGGCCGGUCACCGGGCCAGAUGUCAAGAGGAUGAUGUCAUCCUCGCCAUGGACGGCGUGACGAAUCGGGUUCUCCACUACCAGAAAACGCACGGGCUGAAGCGCUUCCGGUUUCCCGUGAGCUUAUUCCAGAGCAAUAUAGAAGAAGUGCAAGUACGGCAUGACUUGCUGGACUGCCACAUUAGCAUCUGCUCUCCUCAGGUGGCCGAGUUGUUUACGGAUAACUUCGACUACCAGACUCGGGAUGACUUUGUGCGCGGCCUUUUGGUGAACGAGGAGGUUCUGGGCAACCAGAUCCACCUGCACGUGACCUCCGAAGAGUACGGGGCCCCCGUGUCCAACUUGCUGAUGUACGAAGCCGUGUCCUCCGAUGUCGUCCAGCGCUGGGUUUACCCGCUGGCUCCGGAGAUGAACUUCAGCGACGGCGAGAGGCAGAGCUGCACCCACUCCCGCCACAACAUCUACCGGGGGGUGGAGGUGAGCCUGGGCCACGGCAGCGUGCUGGAAGAGAACGUCUUGAUCGGGCGGGGAACAUCCGUCGGCGACAAGUGCUUUAUAACCAACAGCGUCAUCGGCCCGGACUGCAGAAUAGGCAACGAGGUCGUUCUGGAUGGAGCCUUCCUCUGGGACGGCGUCUGCGUUGGAGACCGGGUGAAAAUCCAGGAGUCGAUCGUCUGCGACGAGGCGGAGGUGAAGAAAGGGGUGACGCUGAAGCCACGCUGCGUCCUCACUUCCCGGGUGGUGGUGGGCCCCGACAUCGUCCUCCCGGAAGGCACCGUCAUCUCCUUACAUCCCACAGACGAGGAAGAGGAAGACGACGACCAGUUCAGCGACGAUUCCGGUGUGAAUAAAGAGGAGAGCAAGGUGAAGCUGAAAGGUUAUAACACGGCAGAAGUCGGCUCUGAAGGGAGAGGUUACGUCUGGAAAGCAGACAGCAAGAACGACGUGGACGAGGAGGAGCAAAGGCAGAGUCUAUGGGGCCCCACGUUAAGCGCAGAAGAAGAGAGCGAGACGGAAAGCGACGUGAGCCUGGGGUCUGAGCAUUCGGGUAGUCGGGCAGCUUCCCCUCAGCUGGAUGACAUCAAAGUCUUCCAGAACGAGGUCCUGGGGACUUUGCAACGGGGAGAAGAGGAGAACAUCUCCUGCGACAACCUGGUUUUGGAGAUCAACUCUCUCAAGUAUGCCUAUAAUAUUGGCCUGAAGGAAGUGAUGGAGGUGCUGAGCAAGGUGGUCCUGGAGUUCCCCCUGCAGCAGAUCAACGCCGAAAAGGAUCCGCAACACUACUGCACGCUGGUCGUCCCUCUGCUGAAAACCUGGGCUCCGCUCUUCAAGAACUACAUCAAGCGGGCGUCGGAUCACUUGGAGGCCCUGCGCGCCAUCGAGGAGUUCUUCCUGGAACACGAAGGCCUCUCCGUGACUAUGGCCAAAGUGCUGAUGACUUUCUACCAGCUGGAGAUCUUGGCGGAAGAGAUGAUCCUCACCUGGUUUUCUCAACGAGACACCUCUGAGAAAGGCAGGCAGCUCCGUAAAAACCAGCGGCUCCAGAAGUUCAUCCAGUGGUUAGAGGAGGCCGAAGAGGAGUCAUCGGAGGGAGAACAAAACUGACAUGGCCGCCGCCGUCCGUAGAAGAGGCUCCUGCCUGGGAGGAACGGAGUGCUGCUUGCCGGGCCUCAGUUUAAAGGGCCAGAGCUGGGACAAGACCCGGUGCAUGGCGUGCGUGUGUGGUACCUGCAAACCCAAGUGGCCGACAAUCCUGCCGUCGCUCAUUAUUAUAACUUCGCCACCUCCCCCUGGAAUGCCACAUCUUGCGGAAACUACUGGCAGGAAGAGACGGAGAUCUGUACACGUUAAAGAUCUGGGGUUUUUUUGCGGCCGGGGGGGGGGGCUGUGUAUAAAUAUACAUAUAUGUAUGUAUGUA